AUGGUGGUUGACUUUGCUGUAGACCCAAUCACCCCGGAGACUGCGAGCGCAGUGGAGACUACGGUGCAGGGAAAUAUGUGGCUCUCACAGAUUUCGUUGAAGGUCGAAAUGGGUGACGACUUGGAGGGAGAUUUUGACGAUUCCUUUGAAGACGACGACCACGAAGACAAUGAAUUGAUACGAAAAAAGGGUUUCGGGCGGAUGAUGAGCUCGUUGUUCGACAGUACGCGUCGAGACCGCCCGCCUCGAGAAAUUCACGGAGAAGGUGAUUCCGCGUUGAAAGUACCAUUAUCCGCUCGUCAGCUCGAUGCUAUUCAUCUGACUUGUGCCUCAUCGCUGAGGGCUCGAGAGUUCGAGGCAAUGUGUUCAGCGAUUGUGGUCAACCAGACAGCCAGAAAGUUGUCGUUGAGCUUAUGGUUAAAUUGGAUUAGUGACGGAGACUUGACCGCUGUCAGCGCGCACUGGUGGAAAUGGAUCGCCUACGCUUGCUUCUCGAAGCGUGCUCGUGACUAUUCUUCACUGGAAUCGCUUGCGUUGCUCUCAGUCUCCAGUCUUACUGUUGCAGAUAUGGAGAGCUUUGCCGCUGUUCUCCAGUCCGAGCACCCAGAAGAAGAAGUCUUCGGUUGCCCCCGGGGUCAGGUUCCAGAGCGAGAUGCAUCGUUGCUGGCAGGAGCGGACAUUCGCUGGCACUUUGACAGUCAGGGCGAACCCGUUCUUACGUCUCCUUGCUUGAAAUUAGAUGAGCCUGUGACGCUUCUUCGGACUUUCAGUGACGACGGAGUAAGUGAAUGGAUUGAUGCUAUGAUUCCCGGUUACGGACGCUGCCAAGUGCGACGAAGGGAUCUGUCGUUCCUCGAGCCUCGCAACAAAGCGCCAGCAUCAACUGGAAUAACGGCACUCACAAUUGGGUUUAACAAAAGACAAGGAGGCAUAGCGCACGGACCAAGGACACCUAUUGACAAAGACGCGAUUUUGCGCUACUGUCCGAUGCUGGAGGACCUUGUGUUGAGUGACUAUUAUGUGGAUGUCCGACUUGAUUUUCGAGAGUACCGCCUCGUUAAGAACCCCACUUUCGACCUGCACUUUGACUGGAACGACAUCACAGCUCUCGCAACUGAGUUAAGUGACGCACAGAACCCGCUCAAUCGAGCGAAUGAGCUGGAUAACUCGCUAUCAAAUUACGACCACGUAACCCUGCUCGAGCGUCAUCUACCAGCACUACUGCAGAUGCUAAAAAGCAACAAAAGCUUGGAGUAUCUCGAGGUGGUCGUCCCUCCGGAUUACGAGGGAUACUCGGAGGAUUUCUACGAGCAGCACGUCGAACCAAUUUGCCGAACUCCCAAACUUGCGUUGUUGAGUGGGCUGAUGCCUCGCAGUCCAUAUUUGGGAUCAAAGCAGAAACGAGGGACUGGCAUCGCGACGGCGUGCAGCAUGCUCUUGCGAAUGGACCCCCACGUUAUUACGGAGAUUUUCGCCUAUGCAGCUGAACCGGUUUACCGGGCCGUGUACUUUCGGAAUGGAACUGGCGACGAGCGAGAUGAGCAAGACGAUCUGCCACUAUGA